CACAGACCACAUCUCUCUCUGGUUCUCUCUCCCUCUGAAACACACACUCGAGCGUGUUGUGUGUGCAAAAAUGGGGAGAGCACCUUGCUGUUCGAAGGUAGGUUUACACAGGGGAGCAUGGUCUGAUGAAGAAGAUAAACUUCUUACCGACUACAUUCAAACUCACGGUGAAGGUCAAUGGCGAUCCUUGCCUUCCAAAGCCGGAUUGCUUAGAUGUGGAAAGAGUUGUAGGCUGAGAUGGAUGAAUUAUCUCCGGCCAGGUAUCAAGAGAGGAAACUUCACUGCCGAUGAAAAUGACAUCAUCAUCCGGCUUCAUUCUGUCCAUGGCAACCGAUGGUCAUUCAUAGCCACGGAACUUCCAGGUCGAACUGACAAUGAGAUUAAGAACCACUGGAACUCGCAUCUUAAACGAAAAGAGAUCGACGACGGUGGUGUCGAGAAGGAGGCGGACGCUUCCAAAAACAAUAAAAAACCGAGGAAGAAGAAGAGGAAAACGGAUCACAAGUCCACGAAGGUGAAAUCAGCAGAAAAAUCAGGUGAGGAGCCUGUUCCUGAUCAGCCUUCUAAUUCUUCCUUGUCUUCUUCACAAUCGGCAUCGUUAAAUUGGGGAAAAGAGAGCUCGGAUAACGGAAUAAUGAGCGGUGCAUCAUCGUCAAACUGCACAAUUGAUGAGGGAGAAGGUGAUUUACUAGCGUCAGACUUCUGCUGGCCAAAUUGGACUCCAUUGUUUGAUAUGGAAGUCGCAGGAAGCAUAGAGGGUGAGAACGAUAUACCAUUGGAGUUGGAGGUGUGUGAUUUACUCAUUUCCAAUAAUGAUGACAGUCAACUGCUAGAGAAGCUUUAUUGCGAAUACCUAAAUCUGCUUGAAGAUGGAGACUCGUUGUAAUUAUACUUUCAGUUCCUCUUGUAUUAUUAUUCAACUUUUAUGAGUGAAAACUAAAAUAAAACAAGUUGUUUAAUCGUCGAG